UUUGCCGACCCCUGAGCUAGAUACACGGAUGCUUUUUUACACAUCGUGGGGGGAAGGGGGAAGAAAUCCAAUUAAGUCCCCCACAAGAUUUCUUCUCUGGGCAGAUUUCCUGAAAAUUGCCAACAGUGAAGAAACUGCUGAAAACUUCAGCAAUCUCACAGGCAACCCUAGCAACGCAGGUCUCUGAAAGCACUUACCAGCUGUAAGGAAGGUGCUCUGCAGUGAGUGGCUGCCAAAUAAACAGCCCUAGGGCACUGAAUUCAUUCUGAUCUUCACCCCCUUUGAACCUGCACACCUGCUGGAACAGCUCCCCAGAGGGCUGCAGCAUUUCAGCACAUCCCUCUUAAAUCCAGCCCUCCAGGUAUAAGAGGUACCUGCUUCUAAUUAGAUUACAUUAACAUGCACUUCCAAUUAGAUAACACCAACAUGUGGUCUGUACAGGGAAUGGCCCCAUGCUGGCUACCCCCAAAAUUAGACCCAGCUGUGACUAACAUCCUAGCAGUUUUGCUAUCUGACAUGGAAAGGGAUCUGCUGUCUUCUGGACAUGUAUUAUACCACCAUCCUACUACCAGGGAAAGGGGACUGGGAAGGUUAGCCUAGAGCAUGGCUGGGAUGCCAGACCCCAGACAAACAAAAGCAAGUGCAACUUUGGGUUACACAGAGAUCUGGGAAAUUCUGCUAGAUCUCUGCUAGGAACAGCUACACUUAAAACUGGUCAGAGAAAAGGCUGGCCCCACAUCCUUCUAAGUAGCAGGACAGGGGAAAUAAUGGGAAGGUGAGUUUUGAGGAAAGGAAAGAGGGUACAAAAAAAAAAAAAAAAGCCGUCAGCUCAUUCCUUUCUCAGUCUUCAAUUGUGACUCAUAACAUAUUUCUUGUCAUUGGCAAAUGAGAAGAAUUUGCCCCCUGGUAAAAGCAGAAGUGCUGACUAGAAGGGGGCUCAGACAGGAUCAAGAGCAAAACAAGGUCAGGCUUCUGGUCUGUGUGUGGUAGCACAUGCUGGACUGAGGCAUAAAAAGCAGUUUUGCUCUUGAAAUGCCUACAGGAGAAAAACAAGUGAAGCGGCAACUACUGCUCUGCCAUAAAUAGAGGGGGCUUUAGCACUUCCAGAAAACAAUGACUGUCACUUCUGAUUGAAAGAGUUUGGCGGCAUCUCAGGUCAUCAGAAACGUGUAGGAGCCUUGCCUGCUUGUGUCUUUCCUGGCAGGGGUGUGACUAAAGCACACUGCACAGGAGGAGCAGCCAGGAUGAAGUCCAAGAUGCCCAUGCUCUUUGUUCAGCGUUUUUGGUCACCUGUGCUCUCCCCUCACCAGUAUCCAGCACCUCACUCCAUCUCUGCAUAUGUUUUGGCACUUUCACCUUCCUGCUCCCUUUCAACUUGCUGGGCCAUUGCUGCUGUCCUGCUGAAAAGUGACUAGGCCAGUUGGAAAGGUAAUCAGCCCCCAGCACUGAAGUCUCCAGCAAUAAGUAUAACAAAACUGGGGAGCAGAAGAGAAACAGAGUACCGGUGCCAAUUCCAUUUCCACACUUCCAAGAUGCACCAGGGUAGCAAAGUUUAUUGACAUGCAGUCUACUUCCUUUUUAGACUACCGAAAAAAUUCCACCUGGGGCAACAUGGCUCAGUUGUGCUGUUCACAUUUUCUUCAUACCAGGCGCAGCAGAUUGAUUUUUAUUGAAACAGACGCCCGUGACUUUUUACCAUGGGAGCAAUCCGAUGGGAUCAGACGUGUGCUCAAUCCGAUACCAUGCCUCUCUCACUGAUCACUACUCAAAGCUUUGGAGGGAGGCAUAAAAGCCCCUCUAUUGGACAAUUUCAGCAUAAUCUGCUUCCUGGGAACUGAGAGCUACCGUCAGUCACCUAUGUCCACAGGCUGCACCAUCACUGUUGGCUUUGUUUCUACUGAAGGACUGAACGGAGCUGGAGGAGCCUUCAAACUGCUCAGAAGAAAUGCAAGAGGCUGCUGAAAGCCCCUAAUCUCACUAGCCAAUGCCUGGCUUACUGCUCUGAACCUGGGAGGAUUUAUAAGAUUUAGUUUGAAAUCUUCUGGUUUACAUUAACUUGGGAGGUUCCAGUUAUCCCAUCAAGUGUCAUUCGCGCACCUCCAACCCUGUUAAGAUCCUGCCUGCCACAAUCCUGAAGUUUUUGCCAGACUGAUCGUGUAUUGUGCAAAAAAAGGGGAGGGGGGGGAGGAGGGGAAUCUUUUUGUCAUUUUUAAAAAAGGGGCUGCCUUUUGACACUGCCGACUGACCCUUUUGUCCUUAUCUUCUGAGGGUGGGGAAGCAGCGGCAUGUGAUUUAUCUUCUCAACACUCUUUGGUAAACCUCCAUCAUGUUGCCUUGUGAGCAUCUCUCUGAAGGGAGCACUUCUAGAGUCUAAGAAAUGCCUAGUCCAGAUGCAAUGGAUCCUCUGGAUUAGCUGCUGAAUGGCUAAAAUAAGCUCUGUAUCAAAGCAAGGCAAAAUGAAUACACAGGAGACUUGGCUCACGGGGAAUGCUUUAAUUGGACUGUUACGUGAAGUAUUCCCCUUGGGGUCACCUUGCUCAAGCUCUUACAAAAUCAUCCAGCUUGGACAGCCCUUCCAUCCUGGACUUUGGAUGCUCUUCUGUUUACCAACGUGCUAGAGUUAGUCACCAAAAGGCUACAAUCCAAUAAGCUUACUGGAAACGCUCACGACUUCCUAGACCUCUCCCCCACCCUGAGGUGGCAGAGCUGAGUGGAGGGAAAUCUCCAGCCACCCCCCUCCUUUCUUGGCCUAAGCCUGCAUUGAUUUCACUUGGUAAGCACCUGAUAUGAACAGAUGAGCUGGGAGGGGCUAGAGUACUGCGUACGGCUGCAGAGGGGUGGAGGUAAACAGGGGAGAAAGAUAUUUAAGAUGCUGUGCGAGAGGUUUCCAGAGACCACAAACUGCUAGAGGAAAAGGCUGGGGGAAAAUAAAACAAUACCCAAACAGCCCUUGAGCUCCAGCUUUGGGACAUUCACUUCAUUGAGACAGAGAGAGAGAGAGAGAAAAAGAGACAGAGAGGGAGAGAAGCAGAGUUCAGAUACCCAUUUGCUGCAGCACUAAGAAAGUUUCAUACCUGGGCCCACUGCACUCUAGCCAUCUGGAGCUGACUUUGUCUGAAAGCAGUUGGAAGUUCCUUGCUGCUGGGAGUGCAAAAUGCCGGCCAAAGUCACUGCCCAGCUGGCAUGGCUCUGCAUUCUCACUGUGUCCGUGGCCAUCUACCCCGCAUGGCUGCAGAAGCCUCCCAAGAGGAGAACAGUUAACAGCAAUGCCCAGGUCAAAAUGACUGGCUGUUGCAAUGAGGUUAAGGAGCUCAAGCUGCAGAUUGCCAACAUGAGCGCUGUGAUGGGGGAGCUGAACAAGAAGCAGGAAGGUGACUGGGUGAAUGUGGUCAUGCAGGCGAUGAAGCUGGAAGAAAUCACCAAGAGGCUGGAGUCCCGGCUCACUGAUGUAGAGAGCAAGUACUCUGAAAUGAACAGCCAGAUGGGCAUCAUGCAGCUCCAGGCGGCACAGACAGUCACCCAGACUUCAGCUGAUGCCGUCUACGACUGCUCCUCCCUUUACCAGAGGAAUUACAGAAUCUCUGGGGUUUACAAGCUGCCCCCUGAUGAAUUCCUGGGGAGCCCUGAACUGGAGGUGUACUGUGACAUGGAGACCGAUGGUGGUGGCUGGACUAUCAUCCAGAGGCGCAAAGUUGGUCUGAUUUCAUUUAAUCGGGACUGGAAGCAGUACAAAGAGGGGUUUGGCAACAUCCGGGGAGACUUCUGGCUGGGUAAUGAACAUAUCUAUCGGCUCUCCAAGCGCCCGACUGUGCUCCGCGUGGAACUGGAGGACUGGGAAGGCAACAUCCGCUAUGCACAAUACAACCACUUCACCCUGAGCAAUGAAUAUAAUAGCUACCGCCUUUUCCUGGGGAACUAUACGGGCACCACGGGGCGCGACUCCCUAAGGUACCACAACAACACAGCCUUCAGCACCAAGGACAAGGACAACGACAAGUGUGUGGAUGACUGUGCCAAGUUCCGCAAAGGCGGAUACUGGUACAACUGCUGUACAGACUCCAACCUGAAUGGGGUUUACUACCGCAAGGGGGAACACACCAAGAACAUGGAUGGCAUCACUUGGUAUGGCUGGUAUGGCUCAACCUACUCCCUGAAGAGGGUUGAGAUGAAGAUACGGGCAGAAGAUUUCAAGCCCUAAAGGGAACCACUUCAUUGUACAGCCACAGCAACCCCACUCCCUAGAAGAGGAAGAGCCUGACAUUGUCAAACACUCCACAGAAAUGGUUUACUUCACCUAUAAGGUGCGCUAAUGCCAGGGCUAUAUAGUGACUACACAUUACAUGAUAAUACUGAAGUAGCCACAGGAGAGAAGGCAGGCACAUUUUUGCCAAGCCAAGUUCUCUCAUGUUAUGGCGCUUCCCUUCAAAGGUUAGGAUUGGGACCUCCUGUAUUAGCAGCACCUUCAGGAACAGUAUUGUGGAUACACUAGCAUUGGGACUAGCUGAGCUGCUGUAGCAUUUGACCACUCAGAGAUCUCUAGGAAGAAAGCUUUUACCUCCUCCUUACCAUCUCUGUAAUGUCUAUGUUUACUAAGGGUGGAUGCAGUCUUGUCAAGGGAGACAGUUUCUACCAAGUCCAAAAGAGAGAGAGAGAGAGAGAGAGAUGUGUUUUAAAGUGUUAAGCAAUUACUAGCUUAGAAAUAACUCAUAAAAUGUGCCUCCAGUUACUGGGCCCAUUCUCCCCACACAGAAAAAAUCAAGUUGAAAAUCUGGGCAUUGGAAGAUUAUAUUUGUUCUGUCCUAGAGUUUUACCCCCACUUUCCUGGCACAGGAAGGAUCCAAUGCAAGAAAGUAGUCCCAGAGAGCACAGCCUGGGAGGGGCCUGCCCUACCUGCUUUGGGGGAUACAGAUAUGGGGCAGCUCUCGAGGAUACAGGUAUCCAGUAGGAAUACUAGAAGGUCCUUCAGGAUGCUUAGAUGCCAUUCUGUGGGCUUUAACAAAUAGAUUCCCAGCUGCACCUUUAUUUUGUUUCUAGCACAAAGACCAAAAUAGUGGCCUCCUUCAUCACAAUGGCAGAAAGUCUCAAAGUGAACAGGGAAUAAACAUGGUGAGAAGCUUACCACUUACAUUAUUCCCAAACAGCAAGGGGAGAAGGUUCUUUUAAUGUUCAUCUGAAAUGCUAGUAAACAAGGGAUAGAGCAUGUGAGACUCUAAUACAACAAAGCAUCCCAUGGACAACACAACAUACCAGAAGGCAUCUCGACUGACUUGGGUUGUCACUGCAAAGCCAAGCUGAAUUUGAAGCAUGGCUCCAUUGCUUCUUAUUUUAUGAUACUCAAACCUUAAUUUUUAGCUACUGUUAAUUUUCCCUUUUCAUUUACAAAGAACUCAAAUAGUGUAGAGGGGCUAGUAUUUAACACUCUGCCUUACGGUUCACAAGCAUAAGAUUGUUCCCUCAGUUUCAGGUCUCUGUCCCACUGCUUUUGAGAGACAUACUCCAUAAAUGCCUACCAGCAAAUUGGGACAAGCUGUCCAUGUACUGGAGGAGGAAGGGAAAUGUAUUAAAUAUGCUUCUCCUUAUAUGACUGUAAUAAAAAUUCAAACCAAUACAUUUAUGAGAAAAGCUCUACUGGAAUCCUCAAGUGCCAGGAAAAAUGAAAAAAUAAGUCCUCACUCACUGGGCUGGCAUCAUGCCCAAGAGUUUCAAAGUUUGUUCAGAGUGCUUUUUUAAGCACUGCCUAAAGGUUUUGCUUUGAAUAAAACUGUGUGUUGUCUUCUUACACAAAGGCAUUUGAAAAUAAUUGUUAAAAGAUUCUUCCUGCAGCCAUAUUGUUGCUUGAAAGAAAAAAAGAUGAUUGUAGUUAAUAAAUCUACUUUUACUCAGUUUUUUUUUUAAAGAGGACUUGAGCCCAAUUUAAAAUGUCUGUCUUGUAUGAAACAGGAGACUGAAGAGUCCUGUGAAAUGCCUUAUGUACUUGUUGACCAUUCAUACUGCAAAUUAGAAAAGCAUUCUAUGCAAACCUGCAAAGUCUAUGCAAUGGACAUUAUAUAUAUAUUUUAAUUUCAAAAGUUUUCCAUUUCUGUAAUAAACUCUUUCAUUUUUAA